UAACAAACACGUUGGACUUGAUAAACAAGCAAUUAUCAAUCAACUUUUUAUUAUUUUGUGAACGGUGGCUACAAUAAUUACUUUUAAAAGCAGUAAAACUUUGAUGUAGAUAUUAUUUGUGAAUUUAUUUUUGAUAUGCUCUAGGAGUUUCUAAGUUGUUGUAUGCUAAAGUCAAGUACAAAAUACAAAAAGGUUACAUAAAAAAGAAAAAUGGACUUGCUUGUGAUUCUCACUGCGGCGGUUUUAGGAUAUCUUCGGGUUUCUUCAUGUUUAACUAACAAUGAGCCUGGACUGUGCUAUAACAAGUUUGAGUAUGAAUACAACGUUUUGCAGAAACUGGUUGAGUUCGAAGAAAAGAUUAAACAACAAGACCUGACAAACGCUGAACUAAAACAAGCACUUAUAGAUACUAAAGAAACAAUAAAAAAUUUGGAGAGUAAAUUGGUAAGAACUGAGAGGUCUUUCGACGGUUCUACAUACACCCGAUGGGGAAGGACAGUUUGUCCUACAGGUGCCACCCUGGUCUAUGAUGGUUUUGCCGCUGGAGGUCAUUACACUCACGCGGGAUCAGGUUCUAAUUACAUAUGCUUACCUAAAGAUCCAGUAUGGGGCAAUUAUAGUGAUGGUUUUCAAACGGCUGAUAGAAUUUAUGGUAUAGAAUAUCACACAUCCGAUUACAGCUAUUGGAAAAAUUUCCACGGCCAGGAUGCUCCGUGUGCAGUUUGCAGGAUUCCUCGGAAUAAUGUUCUGAUGGUUCCAGGAAGAAAUACAUGUGAUAAGGAUUACAAGUUAGAAUACAGUGGGUAUCUAAUGGGCGGCCACUAUAGUCAUGCUGGUGCAUCAGAAUAUGUUUGCGUAGACGAUCACCCCGAAUCAUUGGAAGGUGGACACGAAGUCAAAUCUGAACAGUUUUUUUUCUUCGUCCAAGCUACAUGUGGUGUACUACAAUGUCCACCAUAUGAAAGCACUAGAGAGCUGACUUGUGCAGUGUGUUCUUUUUCCCCACGUCAGGCUAACUAAAUGUAAUACAUGUUGAAGCCGUUGUUUAAAAUGUUAAAUUGUUUAAAAUGCUAAGUUCCUUCAUGAUAUGCAUAUUUGUUUCUGCUUGUUAGCAAAAUGUUUUAUAUAAAUUAGAAAUUAAUAUGUAUGAAGAAAAUGUAAGUAAGGAUGCUGAUUCGAACAGAACAGAACAGAACAGAACAUAAAAAACGUGAAUAUCAUUUACAGACGAGUGUCGUUUAAAUAAUGUUACACAAUAUCAUACAUACUCAAUAUAAGCUCUAUUGCUCUUAUGUUAACCAAUCAUCAGUCUUGUUAUGUAGAACAAACAUAUUAUUGUGAUAAAUUACUUUUUUACAAAUACGUUACAUAUUACUGAUGCAGCAUAUAAAAUUCCUCUAUUUGACAUUAUACUUUAAAAGAAUUUGGUAAGCAGUGACCAAGAAACUUGUAACGAUGGUUAACGUACUGUAAUAUAGUUAAUCAUACUUUCUCUGUUGUAAUAGUGAUAAAUAUUAAGGAAAUAUAAUGAAUGCUUUCA